UCCCAAUCGUGUGAUUCAGGUGUUCCAAUCCCCUCCCAAUCGUGGGAUUCAGGUGUUCCAAUCCCCUCCCAAUCGUGUGAUUCAGGUGUUCAAUCCCCUCCAAAUCGUGUGAUUCAGGUGUUCCAAUCCCCUCCAAAUCGUGUGAUUCAGGUGUUCCAAUCCUCUCCAUAUCAUGUGAUUCAGGUGUUCCAAUCCCCUCCAAAUCAUGUGAUUCAGGUGUUCCAAUCCCCUCCAUAUCAUGUGAUUCAGGUGUUCCAAUCCCCUCCCAAUCAUGUGAUUCAGGUAUUCCAAUCCCCUCCAAAUCAUGUGAUUCAAGUGUUCCAAUCCCCUCCAAAUCAUGUGAUUCAGGGUGUUCCAAUCUCCUCCAUAUCAUGUGAUUCAGGUGUUCCAAUCCCCUCCCAAUCAUAGUCAAUAGCUAAAGACCUCCAAACUUGGUGUGGCCUUCAGAUGAGCCCAACAACAGUGCGUAGAGAGCUUCAUGGAAUGGGUUUCCAUGGC